GCAAAGCUUCGCGCGCGCUCUCCGAACUGCGCGCAGUCGCGCUGCGCUGCUGUCUUGUUACAUUGCCUUGACUUUGACUUUGCACAGCACAGCGAGAGCUUUUAAGCUGACUGCGCUGCAGCAGCGGCAGCGACUUCGGCUCUGGCUUUGGUAACUUCUUCGCCGCAUGGCUUUUGGCUUGGACUGUCUUAGUUCUUAAGUCCGUUGUUGGCGUGCUCCUCUUCAGUUCGUUGCUGACCAACGAGACGUGCGGACGUGUGCUCAAAAAAAAAAAGAAAGAAAGAAAAUAAUAACAAGUAGCUCGCAGUUGAAAAAAAAAAACACACACACUGCGUGAAAAUUGAAGACGAAGGCGUGUGUUGAAGUGUUUUUUAAAAUUUAUAAUUAAUUGCAUGCAACAACAACAAGAACAAGUACCGAACGCUUUUUUUGAACUUGCUUGAAUAAAAAUCUAAAGUUCUUGGAAACGAAAGCGCUCUAAAGAGCCAAACAACAAAAGAACCUAAAGUAGCAGCAGCAACAACGAGCAGCACAACAACAGCAGCAACAAACGAAACGCAGCAAUGGCAGCGACGCCAACAGCAACGUCGUCGGCUGCGACGAGAAAGCAAACUGCAAAUACGGUUAAGCGGCUUUUAGCGAUUUGCUUGGUAUCGACGCUUUUAAGCAGCGCGGAUGCACUGGAGCUGGGCGACAAGUGCCAGCAUGAUAUGGACUGUACAGAUUUUAUCAAGGGCAGCAGCUGCUCGGCCCAGGGCUACUGUGAGUGUGCGCCCUACUUUGUUCAACUGGAUGCCAAGCGUUGUUUGUCGUCACAACUAUUGGGUGGAGACUGUCAGCUGAGCGAGCAGUGCUCGAUGAAAGUGGCCAACAGCAGUUGCUUGGACGGCGCCUGUCGCUGCGUCGAGGGAUUCUUGCAAUUCCGCAAGCACACAUGUCUGGGACCUGCACAUCCUGGCGCUGUUUGCUAUAGCCACGCCCACUGUCAAAUGUUUGACACACGCACCCAUUGCGACUUCCUCAUACCAAAUUUGUUUGGACGCUGUCAGUGCACGGCGCCAGCCAAAAUGGUGGGCGGACUUUGUGUAGCGCCAGCGGCUGAUGAAGCGACAAGCGAAGCUGCAGAGCCUGUGAAAAAGAUUUCCACGACGACAACAACAACAGCAGCGCCUACAACAAGAACUACGAUGACGACAACGACAACGACGACAACAGCUGCACCCACAACUACAACAAGCAGCACUGUGGCGCCUUUGCUGCUGGAGGAUGAGCUGCCCGCCAGCGUGGAGGAGCAAACAUUGGAGGAAGACGAUACUGAGACAGUUAAGCUAAAGCCAGAGCUGGAUAAUGGUGAAAAGCUGGAGCCCAUUGAUAUGGCGCAUGAGGAAACCGAACUGACGCAGCAGCAACAUAAAGAAGAAGAACAGCAGCAGCAGCAGCAGCAAGUAGAGCAACAGCAGACGGCAGCAGCAGAAACAAAGCCUGAGCUAGUAGCAGCGAAUCCCACGGAGCCAGCAGUAGUGCAACAAGAGUUGGAAUCAGAGCCAUCUACAACAGCAACACAGCAGCUGCUGACUCCAGCUGAUGUUACCACUGAGCUGGUGGAGCCGGAAACCGAAGCAGUGCCCGCCUACGAUUAUCCCUACAAAAUAGACGAGGAAUAUGCUGAGGAAACUGAUGCCAAACCGGAAGCAGAGCUGGAAACACAAACAGAGCAACAAGCAGAGACAGUACCAGAGCAAGAGCAAGAGCAAGAGCCAGUGCCUGAGCAAGAGCCAGUGCCAGCGUUAGAGCAAGAGCAAGAGCAAGAGAAAGAAACAGCAACAACAACAGCAGCAGCAAUUGCUGUAGAGGAGGAACUGGAGGCUGGCUCGGGCGCACAAGAGAUUGCCACCGAUGAUAGCAUGAAAUUUGAUUAUGAAACGCCCAGCGAGCAAGUGGAGACGCUGCAGCAGCCACAAGAGGAGCCAGAGCCAGUGGAUGUUGAAGUUGUUGCCACAACAACCACAGCGCCCAUUCAGCUGCUCAGUGAGCAGGAGGAAGCGCAAGAGAGCGAGACUAAUGCGCCAAGCUAUCAAGAGGAGGAGCAGACUGCAUCCAAGGAGCAGGAGCUAACAACCGCUGAUGAUGAUUUGAUACCCGUGCAUAGCGCAGCAGCAGAAGCAGCAGCAGCAACUGCUGAGGCAAUUGCAACUGAAACCGAAAGUGUGACUGAAGCAACUGAAGUCGAAGCUGAAGCAACAGCAGCGCCAGCGAUGGAGCAAGAUGAGCUGGCUGAGGAGCAAUCGGGUGAUCAUGAGCUGGAAACUGAGACUGAGCUGGCACAAGCUGAAGAGCAGACAGAGCUGCCUGCUCAAGCUGAGGAGGAGGAGGCGGAGGAGGAGGAGCAGUUAACAACAGCAGCGCCCACACAAUUGGAGAAUAGCGAAAGCCAAAAUGUGGAGAAAGAGCCCGAAGCAGAAGUUGAGCUGCCAGCAGAAACUGAAGCCACUGAAAUGGAGACAGCGACAACUAAAGAACCAGAGAAUGUAACUGAAAUUGAGACAGAGCCAACAACAGAGCAAGUGGAGCUGGAGCUGGUGACAGAACAAAGCGCCGACAUCAAGCCGACAAGUGGCGAAGAUGAUUUAAAUGAAGGCAAUCAAUUAAAGCAAGAGGAGCAGGCUGAGGAAGAGCAGCAGCAGCAGCUGGUGAAGGUGGAAGAACCACAAGAAGAUGAACAGCAACAACAGGUUGUCGAAGACAAUGAAGAAGAAGAAGCAGCAGCAGCAGCAGCGCAGGCAACAACAGAAGCUGCAGCUGAAGAGGAAGCAGCAACAGAGUCAGAGGCAGAGGAAGAAAUCAAAGCUGUGGAACAAGUUGUCGAGCUGGCAAAUGCAGACGAAACGCAGGCGGAAGAAUUGACACACAACACAACAAAUGAUGAUGAAUUGGCGCCACAAGAGCUAACCACAGAGCAGCAGCAGCAGCCAGCCGAACUGGAAGUUGCAACAGAGCAAGAGGCAGAGACAACAACAGCAGCAGCUACAGCUGAGGAUGAAGCCGAGGCAACAACAGAGUCAGAGUCACAGUCAGAAAUUUCCAAUGCAAAUGCAAUUAAGACGCCCGAAGUGUUGCCAGCAAUUGAAGAACAGGCUGAGCUGGCAGCGGAGGAACAGCAAGAGCAGCAGGCUAAUGAUGAGCUGUUGCAAGAGAUUGAGGCGGAGACAGCUGCAACGCCAACUGAAGCAAUUAAGACUGAGACUGAGCAGCAGGAAACUGAAGCAACACCGCUGGAAUCCGAACUCGAGCUUGAGCCUGAGCCCGAAUCCGAUGCCGACGCCGACGCCGAGCCAACGGAAGCCAUAAAUGCGCCAAGUGAAAGUGCUCAAGAGGAAGUGCAGAAAAAUGAGAAUGAUAAUAUCAUACAAGGUGCCGAGCCAGUUGUCAUAGAGCCGGAGCUCAAUGUGGAGCAAAGCGCAGAGAAAGUUACAGAAGCCGAGCUAAGCAGCGCCGCCACUGAGCUGCCCGCCGAGGUGUCCAUUGUCAGCGAGGAGCAGCAGGACUUUAAGGAAAGCGAAAGCAUUCAAGGCAUACUCAACGAUUUGAUGCUCGAAGGCGACAGCACUGUGCCGCCCGUGCCGUUCGGUGAGCAGCCAGCGCAGACUAGACCCAUGGAGCAGGCAGAUGAGCAGCAGCAGCAACAGCAGCAAGCUCAAGCGGAAGUGUCAGAGCAGCAAACAGAGCUGUCAGCUUUGCCUGAUUUGUUUGCCGAGGCAGCUGAAACUGCUGAGCAGCUGGCCGAGCCAGAGUCAAGCACUGUUAGCGCACAGGAGGAGGAGGAGCUGGUCACAUUCUAUCCGUCGCUGGAUGAAGUAAGCACAACGGAAGCGGAAGCACAAACCGAAGCGGAACGCACGCUGUCGCCCGAGGAGCUGCCAUUCGAUCUGAGCGGCGAUCAUGCCAGUCCCAUACGCCUGCAGGAGCUGGAAUCCGACAGUCUUAUAGUUGAGAGCACCAUGCAGCCAGAGCAGCUGCAGCAGAACAAUCAUUUGGAGCAAGAGCAGGCCACUGCCAAUCCCGUCGUUGAGCUGACCACACAAACUAUGCUGGGCUUGGCCAGUCGCGUUACAUUGAUGGAACCUGCGGCGCCAGUAGUGACCACACUGCAGCCGCUGCUGAGCAUUGAGGAGGCCACACCAGAACCAGAGCAACCGCUGCCUGUUGUUAAGCCCGGCUCGGAGCUGCGCAAGCGCGUCGACUUGGGCUUGGAGGCCAUCUCCUUGGGCUUGGCCUGUGCCAGCGACAGACAAUGCCAACUGGCCGAUCCUCAUACCGUUUGCAAUCAACGUGGCGUUUGCGACUGCGCCGCCGCCAGCAGCGAUUCACAAGCAGAGCCACAAUGUGGUGCAGAACGCACGGGCUGCAGUGCGGGCACCUUCCAGUGUCGCUCGAGCGGCGUUUGCAUCUCCUGGUUCUUUGUCUGCGAUGGACGCGCCGACUGCAACGAUGGCUCCGAUGAGGAGUGCAUGCAUAAUACGCGUCUCAAUCAGAGCUGCCCGGCGGAGUCUUUCCGCUGCGAGCGCAGUGGCCGCUGCAUAUCGCGCGCUGCGCUCUGCGAUGGACGCAAGCAGUGCCCGCAUGGCGAGGAUGAGCUCGGCUGCGAUGGUCAGCCACAGCUGCGUGGCGAUGCCAAUGGCGGUUGUCCGGCGCACACAUUCCGCUGCAAGAGCGGCGAGUGCCUGCCCGAGUAUGAGUACUGCAAUGCUAUAGUGUCCUGCAAGGAUGGCAGCGAUGAGCCGCCGCAUCUUUGUGGCUCGCGUGCACUGCCCAAUCUGUUUAUGCGUCUGAUUGAAGCGGGUGGACUGCUGGGCAAUCAUCAGCCCGAGGCCUACUGCCCGCAUCGCUGCAGCAAUGGCCUUUGCCGCUCUACGGCAAUUGUUUGCUCCGGACGCGAUGGCUGCGGCGAUGGCACCGAUGAGCAAACCUGCGCUGUCUGCCGUUGCCCCGCCCCCACAGCUGCUGCCAGUCUGCCCAACUACAUGGCAAGACACCGCCCCAUGCCACUUUGGUGAAGCAACACUUUGACCAACUUUAACCCACACACCCUUUAAUUUCUUUCCCUUUUUUUUAGCCAUUUAAGUUGAAUUUCUAUACUAUUUAUUUAUUUAUUUAUUAUUUUUGUCAUUUUGUUUUUUACAUGUGUGUGGAGCGCGCCUUUGCCACGCCCAAUUGCCACCUUGCUAGCAAGGCGUAGCUUUGUCUUUGCCUUUGAGCCAGCGAUGCUGACAAUUGUGCGCCCUUUGCUCACUCCCACAAACCCACACCCACACACCCACUCAUCCCCUCAUGCCACACACCAAACUAUUUAUUCCGCUCAUUGCCACACACACACACCCAUUUACACUAUUUAUUUAUUUCCACUUUACACACACACACUUUGCUAACAAUCAAA